AUGACGCCCGAAGAAUCGCUCGAUCUGAUCAAAGCCAAUUUGGCUGAGAUCCUCAACCCCGAGAUUAUCGACGAUGUCGUCCUCAAUCAGAACCGACCACUAGAGAUCUAUUGGGGCACUGCGACCACCGGAAAACCACACUGCGGUUACUUUGUACCCAUGGUCAAGAUCGCAGAGCUUCUUGAGGCGGGAUGCAGGGUCAAGAUACUCAUCGCUGACAUCCAUGGAUAUCUCGACAGCUCCAGCUCCAAUGUGCCAUUCGAGCUCAUCGCUCCCCGGUGUGACUACUAUCAAUUUGUGAUCAAAAGCCUCCUACGAACCAUUGGCGUCAGCUUCGACCAACUCGAAUUCGUUAUAGGCAGUUCCUUCCAAUGGGAUAAAGAAUAUAACAUGGACUGCCGAAAGCUGGAGACUAUCACAAAGCUCUCAGCUGCGCGCAAAGCAGGUGCCGAGGUGGUCAAACAAGGCGAUGAUCCUACCCUCAGUGGCUUGACCUACCCAAUCAUGCAGGCUCUGGACGAGGAGUACCUUCAUGUUGACGCAGAGCUCGGUGGUGUUGACCAGAGAAAGAUCUUCACCUUUGCCCUGGAGAAUCUACCCAAGGUCGGAUACAAGAAGCGGGCACAUCUCAUGAAUACCUUAGUCCCAGGUCUUGGACAAGCACAAAAGAUGAGCUCAAGCGAUCCAAGCUCCAAGAUUGGGCUGUUGGACUCCCCUGAAGAAGUGGCCAAGAAGCUCAAAAAAGCCGUGUGUGUCCCUAGAGAGGUGGAGGGAAACGGCGUAGUCGCUUUUAUCGAGCAUGUGAUCUUUCGAAUUCUUGCACUCAAAGGUGCCGUCGAAUUCGUCGUGGAGCAGGGACAUGGGGAGUCUCUUGUCUACCAAGACAUCGCCAAGCUUAAGCAAGACUACCAGCAAGACAUUCUGACACCUCAGACGAUCAAGCCAGCACUGAUUCGGACUCUUAAUGUGUUGUUAAAACCAAUUCGGGAGGAAUUUGAGAAGUCAGAAGAAUGGAAACUGGCCGAUAAGUCAGGAUACCCACGGGUAGCGAAAGCAGUGAAGAGAAGGAUGGCGAAGAAGGACAAGAUGUAG